GCAUGGACACGGACAUCAUAAAUAACCGCUAACUCUAGUCUGGUCUGUUCUGUAAUUAGUUUAUGUAAGUCCGUAAUUUAUAUAUUUUUUUCUAAAUUAUAUUUCCUUUUUCCUCUGAUAUUUACAGUAAAAACUCCAAUCCAACUAAGCCUGAAGCUGUCAAAGCUUACACAGACAGCAGGAUGUCUGUUUUUUCACUGUUUUGUUGGAAUAAACUACGGUUGAGACCACAGAACAUAAGGACGCUUCUGCACAAGAAUGCCGGUGUUUGUCCGAAUCAGGAGUCUAGGCACCACAGCUCUGGACGGCAACAAAGAAGGAGGGUUGUUAUCACAGGAAUAGGGUUAGUUUGUCCUCUGGGCACAGGCACUGCUCUGUCCUGGGACCGUCUGAUCAAAGGUCAGAGUGGGGUAGUUUCCCUGGACUCAGAAGAGUACAGGACUCUCCCCUGUAGAGUGGCAGCUCUGGUGCCCAGAGGAACCAAGGAGGGUCAGUUUGAAGAGGAAACAUUUGCUUCUCGUAAGGAGAUCAGUAGCAUGUCAUCAGCAACCGUAAUGGCCCUUGGAGCUACUCAGCUGGCCCUGGAGGAUGCAGGCUGGUGUCCCAAAAGCCCAGAGCAGCAGCUCAGCACAGGGGUGGCUGUUGGGAUGGGCAUGGUGUCGCUGGACGAAAUCGCUCGUACCGCCUCCCUCUUCCAAGAGAAGGGCUACAACAAAGUGAGUCCAUUCUUUGUGCCACGCAUCCUUGUCAACAUGGCUGCUGGACACAUAAGCAUCAAACACAAGCUAAAGGGUCCCAAUCAUGCCGUGUCCACCGCUUGCACCACAGGUGCACAUGCCGUAGGUGAUGCAGCCAGGUUCAUCGUUCACGGGGAUGCAGUUGCUAUGGUUGCAGGGGGCACAGAAUCCUGUGUGGGGCCACUUUCAUUAGCUGGCUUUGCUAGGGCCCGUGCCCUCGCGACCAAAUGGAAUAACAACCCUACACUUGCUUCAAGGCCUUUUCAUCCAGAAAGAGAAGGUUUUGUAAUGGGAGAAGGAGCAGCUGUGCUGCUGCUGGAGGAUCUGAACCAUGCAGUGAGUAGAGGAGCCCGGAUUUACGCAGAGGUCCUGGGUUAUGGGCUCUCAGGGGACGCUACUCACAUAACUGCUCCUACUGUGGAUGGUGAUGGGGCAUUCAGGUGCAUGUCCGCAGCCUUAAAAGAUGCAGAUGUCUCUCUGGCUGAUGUCACAUAUAUAAAUGCUCACGCCACAUCGACACCUUUGGGAGACGCAGCAGAAAAUGCAGCCAUCAAGAGACUUUUCCAGCAAAGUGCUAGCAUCCUGGCUGUGUCCUCUACCAAGGGGGCCACAGGACAUCUGCUCGGGGCUGCUGGGGCUCUGGAGGCAGCUUUCACCGCUCUGGCCUGUUACCACAAAGUCCUGCCCCCAACCCUUAACCUGGACCGAACAGAGCCCGAGUUCGACUUGAAUUACGUUCCCUGCACAGCGCAGCAAUGGCAGACUCGGGGUCGACGGGUAGCCCUCACAAAUUCAUUCGGCUUCGGCGGCACCAAUGCCUCACUGUGUCUCGGCAGCAUCUGAGGACACACUGGGAGCGACUGGGAAGUUCUCCUCAUUGACCAGAUCCCAUCCAGGCAUGACACAUUUACUGAGAGUAGUGAUGUUGGCUGUUUGCAACAAUCUGCCCUGGAUUUUUAUGGAAAAACAUCGUUUGGAAUUUGUUCCUUCAGUCCAUGUGUGUGUGUGUGUGUGUCUGCAUCAGCUCCAUUUCUGUUUGAGGGAUUCAAUUCAGUUCAUAUCUGGCAAACUUAACGACUCUCUGGAUUCUUUAAAUGUGCAAAACCCAAUCAUUUCUACAAUUUACCAUAUUUAUACUAACAUAAUCAUGUCCAGACAACACAUGAAUGUCAUUUUAAAAAAGCAUCAGUUGUCACCAUAGUGAGCUGCUUGGAAACAGGAAAACAUUUCAGCAUCUAAGUUUGUACCUCGGGUUUAAAUACAGCUCACUAGUGUCAAAUCUUGUAAUAAAACACAAAGGCUUAAAAUUGUUUUAGCCAUUGUAUUAAUCUUUUAUUUGCACUGCAUAGACAUAAAAAUGGUCCUCAAAGUACUCACAAAUAUGUAGACUCAUUAAUUGACUGAAUGACUUCACUAAACAACUCUUCCCAUGGUCUCCAUAACUGAGUAAUGAGUUUGCUGUUAAUGUUUUGAUGGUGGCGGGAUGGAGGCUUAGAGUGGGACUUGGUUGGUGUUUCUCAGCUGUAGCAGCGUGGGUAAAGGGAACGGUCAGAAAUAAGUCUCAUAACAUGUUGUUGUUGUUGAUACAAGGAGUGAAUUGAUCCUAUUUACGUAAAAGUCCAGAGCCUCUAUAGACGAUGAUCUGAGUACUUGUAACACUGCACAAAGGUCACGAUCACACUGUUCAUGAAGUGCUGGGUUUGUCCAUCUUCAGGGGCUGAAGACUGCGAGUCCUGCUUGAUUCCUGCGAUUAGCAUGUAUGUAGACACACACACACACACACUAUAUAUAUAUGCCUCUCUCAGUGGGUCAACAGAACAUCUGACACAGCACAGCUGUAAUGAAAGAAUGGGAGGGUAUUUCUCCAAGAGGAAACCUAGCUUGACGCUAACGUCCACUGUGAAUGUAGCUGUUGAAAAUAAUGUGGACUCCUGGCUAUCCUGUUAUUACAUAAAAUAACUAAUUACACUUUUAUUAAACUUCCUGCUGUUGUGUUUUUUAGUCUAACAUUUUAUUUAAAGUUUCCAUGUUACCAGGCUGUAGAGCGCUCUGUGAAACUUUAAAUUUAAUUUCCAGAUAAUUCUGAUAUGAAGUGUAAAUGUGGGCCUCUGUGGAGCGUACAGUUGAUGUCAUCUCUGUGAAUAUAGGGUAACAGAAUUAGUGUAUGCUAACAGCUAAUCUAGCUAACAAACUAACAGAAUGCUACAGAGUGAUGUUGGACGCUGUGCAGAACUAUACGAUGCUAAGCUAUGUGUCAUUUUAAUUGUAGUGACAUGGUUGUAUUUAGCUUAAUUUAGUCAUCAGCAUAGAUGGGCAGUAACGCGUUACUUGUAACGCGUUACUGUAAUCUCAUUACUUUUUUCAAGUAAUGAGUAA